UUGGUGAGAGUCAUGAUGGCAUUGUGUUCAGCACUGAUGAUUACUUUUCUCAGCAAGAUGGAUGUUGCAAAGCAAGCAAUGGAUCAAGGAAGAUCUCCAAUUAUAAUAGACAACACAAAUACGCAAGCAUGGGAAAUGAAGCCUUAUGUGGAAGCGGCUCUAGAAAAAGGCUAUAGAGUGGAAUUCCAUGAACCAGACACAUGGUGGAAGUUUGACCCUGAAGAAUUAGAAAAGAGGAACAAGCAUGGGGUCAGUCGUGAGAAGAUUAUUCAAAUGCUGGAAAGAUAUGAAUAUCAAAUCUCUAUACCCAUUGUCCUGAAUUCGGUGCUGCCUUUCCAUAAAACUUCACAAAGGCCACCUCCAGAAAGAAGACAGAGGUGGGGAGGGAGUUCAGACUCUCGGAAUACUUUCAGUGUAUCAAAUAGCCAAUAAGUCAGGGUUCAUUGAACUUAGCCCGAUUUGUUUGCUU